AUGGAACGAUUCGUGCACAAGACGCUGGUGACCGAGCCGCUGCAGCUCAAGUACAGCUAUUACCUGUCCCCGAAAUUUCACGACAACGUUAAGCAACGGCCAGAUAUCCCUGUUCUGCUGUUCUGCCAUGGUUAUCCAGAUGAUGCCUGUUGGUUAUCGCACAAGCGGAAUUCCGAACGAAGACUAAUGCAAAUAACAGAUAUGUGGGAAAGUGCAGUGCCCUCUAUCGUCAAACAACGAUACCCCAUGGUCCUGAUCGAUAUUCUCGGUUUGGGACACUCGGACAAACCUCUGGAUCCAUCCUGCUUUCGAUACAAGCAGCAAGCGGACUCCCUUGCUCAAAUAUUGGACCACGAGAGCGUUAAGAAUCCGAUCGUUCCGAUUGGGCAUGACUGGUACGUCCUCCGGCAACCUUUUGUUGUCCGUGAGCUGAAAUGUCGUCCAGGGGCUCCGCAAUAUGCCAGAGGUUCUAUCUGUGGCACGGAGAACGAUGCGUGGGCUUGGUGCUCUUGUCUCUGGAUCCCGACGGACCAGAAAUUCGAUCUAGAAGAACAAAACAAGGCUACAGCCGGACGAUUCGGGUAUCCUCAGUGGGAGUAUUGGAAUUUCUUUACCUCUCCAGACGGUGCAGAAAUUCAAGACCAAAAUCUGGCCCGGAUGUACGACGUGAACCAUGGGUUAUAUCGAAGCCAUGUUCCUGGGGAGGAAGAGAGAGAUAUCUGGAUGCGUGAGAUGUUCUGUACUAUCGGCGCCAUGCGGCUGAUGCUCCCUAUGAGGGAAUACGUUGCGAGACAAGGGAAAUAUGAAAACUUUACCUGCGAAUUGAAGCCUUAUGCCAGGGACCCAGAGCUCAAGCGCCGAUUCAUCGAGCGGAUGAAGAAGGACUCAUUCGCGUCGCCGAACAACUACUACCAUUCGUUAAAAGACGACUACAACCUCGAGGACGAGAGGCAGCUCAGCGAAGAGGACAAGCAGAUCAGAAUACCUUUGCUGUACAUCGGGCAGACCGGGGACUGGGUAUGCAGGACUGAUCUUAUGAGCGAUGCCAAAGGUGCCGGCCUCAUCAAGAAUGACCUUGAAGAGAAGGUGAUUGAUGCCGGGCAUUGGUUCCUGUAUGAGAAGCCUCAGGAGUUCAGCGAGCUGGUCAUUGACUGGUUGGGAAGGAAGUUCUCGGUAAGUGGGUAG